GAGAGGAGUUUCCAUGAGAAUGUUUGUUAUUUGGACAAAAAAUACGCUAAACUACCCGAUAACACAGGGAUUCAAGAUAUCCAAAAGGCCAUAGAGGAAACAGUUUCCCUGCUGCUUUUACAUGUGGCCUCUAAUGAUCAAAGGUUCGAAUGCAAACUUGAGCCGUCUGGUAGUUUUUACGAGGGGACAAAAAUCAGACAAGCCGAUGAGUUUGAUUUUAUGGUGUGCCUUUCCAAAUUUUCGGGAAAAUGUGACGUAGUUUAUAGGGACAGAAACAAGCGGCACAUCUUUUUGCGCAUGCCAACACUCGACGAGGAUGAAAUGCGUGAUUCAUGGUCAGAAUUUUGCAGUGAGGUAAACAAUGCUGUCGAUCCUUUUGACCCUACAACUGAUGGCAACACCUGUCUUUGUUUGAACGGCAGUAUGUUGAAGCAGAAGUUUUAUUCAUUGCUAAGAGAGGCAUUCAAAUCGAUAUCCUGGCCUUCAAAUAUAAAGUUGCUUUCUUCCACUGGUCUUACCUUUGAUCGGUUGAAAUUAAUUGGAGCCAUGCAGGCUGCUGCCUCAGAACAAGUAGAUCUCUUGAGGAAAGAUCAACUUAAGGUGUCUGUAGAUUUAUCUUUGGCUGUAGAAUGUAAAGGAUGGCCUUUGUUGUCUGGAAUGUUUGACAGUGUAAUUGAUGAAGGUCAUCCGGCCUUUCCGAUCAAGAAUGAAAUCAAGAACUCUGGCUUCCAUGCAGUUUCAAAGCUCGGACCUAUUUGGCGAAUUUCCUGGUCCAGAGCAGAGGCAACUAUGCUUAAAUACAUUUUCAGUGAAAAUGGAAAAGCUGCUGUAGUUUAUCGUGUGGCAAAACUGAUUAAUGAAACUCACUUUGUAGAAGCUUGUGAACACACAACUGUCUCAGUUGGUAUAAAUGUGUGUGACACUUAUACUCUGAAGCAUUUACUCAUGUGCUACUUGAUAUCAAAUUCCUCAUGUUGUGGAAAAGACUGUGGUGAAAUGCUUUUGGAUCUUCUUAAUCUUUUACUGGAUGGUCUGAGUAGUGGAAACUGUCCUUUUUUUUUUUUCCCCUGCUGGUGCUAGUAGCAUAAAAAGUGGACCAGUACUUCAGUGUAACGCAAUGGCGUUGAAACAGUGUAUAAACAAUCUGCUCAGUAUGCAAGCAGCGGAUAUCUCUCAAGUGUCAGUGAUAAGCAACAAUUUGUUUAGAGAUGUAAUACCUGUGGUACUACCCCGUCCCCCAAGAAAGAUCAGGAGUUAUAAAAUAACCAAGAUACCAUAAAUGUAAAAUGAUAAUGAUUAAGGCAUUCAAAAUUUCCGUGCAUGCAAACUGAUUUUGGUUCUGCUUUUUUACACUUUCAUUCACUAACUCCAGGUACUCCAACCUAUAGUGUUGAUUCUUCAAUAGAUAAUAAAAAAUGUAGUCUGGCUAUAUUUAGAAUUUUUACUGUCUAUUAGCUUUCAAGUUCUGUUGCCUUUUUUAAACAUAAACUUCCAAUGAGAAGUUAAAAACAGAAGACUUCAAAUCUGAUAAGGGAAGAUGUCUGUAGAAUCAAUUCAUCUUUAUAUUCAGCUGAGUUCAGGGAGUAAAACCCAUGGAUAUCAAUAUACUUGUUACUUGCUGUUGCCAUGUAUCCUGCUUCAUCCUUGCAUACUUUGAGGAAGAACAUGGUGAAACUAAGGAGUGAGAAAUAUAUACUUAAAGUGCACUUCUUUGAUUAAAACAACUUAUUUUGUUUGA